CGCUGGGCUCGGCCGCCGGCUCCCGCCUGCCUCCGUAACAGCAGAAAGCGUGCGAUUAGCAGCCAGACAGGAGGGGACUCCGGGCCCGCGGGGCCGCCGCACACGCCGCCCGCGGCCCGAGCCCGCGCCCCCCCGCCCGCAGGGUAAUCAUCCUCCUCGCUGCAGCGCUGUGUGCACUCUCAUUAGAGCAGGGAGGCUUUUCUCUGUGCACUCGCUCGGCUCCCGCUGGCAAAACAACGCCUUCCCCGGCCGGGCCCUGGGCCAGGAGAGUCGGGGAGGGUGGGACGGAGGUGGGGGGUGGGUGAGGCAGGGCAAGCCUUGCAGGUCAGCUCCGCCGCCCGAUCUCCUUCGGACACGGAGGAGACGGGGAGCGUCCAUUGGCCCUUCCCUAGGUGGAGUGGCAAAGUCCGAGCCCCGCAGCCGACCCUACGUCCCUACGUGGAGCGGGGCGGGUGGAGUACCGGUGCCGCCAUGACCUACUCCUGUCCCCCGCCGGAGGCUAGAGUAGGGCUGAGGGGGAGAUGAGUGUGUCUGGUUUGGAGAGCGGGGGCGGACACAGGGAAGGCUCCCAAAACAGGUUUUGCCCCAUCUGUUUUAUGAACGACCUCUUCAGGCCAGAAGCCGGAUCCCAGGGGUGGCGGCCCUUCGACCUUCGAAAAGAGACCCAGGCCCCCAGCAGGCCCUCUGGCUUCGCGCUCUGUCGCCUGCAGUGGGUGGGAGAUGGGGGUGGCCGAGGCUUGGCUGCUCCUGGCCCUGAGCUUCGGAGCCCUAUUUUCUUCUCCGCGAUCUCUGCACACAACAGUAGGCAGCCUCUCACAGCAGCACGCGCCCAGCUGCAGGGCCUGGGAGCAGGUGUUCCUGCCCGGCCGGAGUGGCGGCUCCGCGCCCCUCCCGUCCCAGCUGCGGAGCUGCGAGCGGUGCGGGGGGGCGUGCUUAUGGUGGUAGCAGAGGGACAGGGACAUCUCAUCGGACCGCAGGAAGGGUCCUCCCGGCUUACACCGGGAUACCGCAGGGCCCGGGUGGUCGCCUGGGGCGAGGAGGGAUCAGGGGUGACGCGCGGCCAGCCCUCGUCUGGAACAGCCCUGGGGCCAGCGGAGGCCGCUCGGGGCGGCGCGAGGGCUUCCGGUCCCCGUGACUGCGGCGGCGGCGGCGGGGCGGCCGCGAGGAGCACCCUCCCCUGGCUGCUGCCGCCGCGCGGCUCUCGGAACGGCGCCCCAGGAGCCUCUCUGCGUCUGGCAGCGCCGCUUUCGGCUUGCGCUGGGAUGGGGGCCGCAGGGUGGUCUCGGCCCAGCCCCCACGGGGAGGGGCGGGGAGGCGGGGUCCGCAGACCCCGCGGGAACGGCCGCGCGCCUCCCAGCCCCCCCUCCUCGCCGCCGCCGCCGCUGCUGCUGAUAUGGCGGGCACGUGAAGCGCAGCUCGGCGCCCCGGCGCCAGCCAGGGAGCGGCCUGCCCCGCCGACUCAGCUUACCCGCGGGCCCAGGAACGCGGAACCGAGCCUGGCCGGGCCCCGCGGAGCCCGCACCUCCGCCCCCAGCUCGCUGCGGCCCCGCACCCCCUCCCCGCCUGAGCCCGGCCUUGGGGCCGCGCCAGGCGGCUCGCCCGAGGGGAACUCGGGCUGACUAAUGGGACGCGUGUGGGCCUUACGUGAGGCCCGGCUGUCAGCGGAUGCCCGCUUGCUCGGAGCUUAGACCGCGGCCAAGCUUUUCGGGGAAGGGCGAGAGGAGGGGUUUCCCCGCUGGGCGGUUUCGGCUCCCCAGGGACAAUCCGGCCGCGGCAGGCCCCAACCUUUGGAUCUUGCAGCCUGGCCUGGAGACGGUAGACUUGGCAUGUGCCGGACGCCACGGUGCCGACCCGGUCGGGGGCAGGGGGUGGGAGCCUCGGGGUUGUGGGCUGGGGGUGGGCAGAGGCUAGGUCAGCUUGGUCUGGGGCGCCCGCCUUGAGGUUUGCAUUCUGGGGCUAGCCACUGGGCCGGGGGGAAUUUGCAGGGCGCUCUGAGGUCGUGGAGUCUGAUACCAAAACCUUCUUCGACAAAGUCUUCCGGAAACCCCUUCGCGAAAUUCCUGUGAGGAAAGAAGGAUUUCUAAAACUCCCCGAGGGUCCGGUUCGGCUGGGAGCUUUCGGGUUCUAGGGAGUGUGAUUUCCUUUCUCUCCCUUUAUAGGGGCCUAUAAAUAUCAGAAGAGUUUCUUCUUAUUUCGCAUUAACAACCACUUCAUGUUGACAUAGUUAUAUGACCCUCCCAAGUAUAACUACCUGUUUAGUUUGAAGGCACUGAGUGCGAUGGCGAAACACAAACAUCGACCAGUAACUAAGAGAAGGAAAACCCAGCCGCGAGCUUGGGUUGGAUACAGGAUAAAUCCUCAUCACGCAUCCCUGGUUUUAUUCAACCUAAUUGCACUAGUAAUCCUGCCCCCCGCGAGAAAGCCUGAAAUCCUGCAGUCGAGGUGCGACUUUUCCUGGGGAGCCCCGCCAAUGGGGGGUGGGUUGUCAGUGGAGGGGAGGUGGGUUUUAAAUGUCACUUCCAAAUGAAAAUCUUUCUUUCUUUCUUUUCUUUUUCUCUUUUUCUUUUUUGAUCCAGUUUUCGAAAAGAGCAUUUUUGCGAGAUAAGAAGUGACCGAUCAAAAUCGCUAAGGGGAGGUUGUAAGCAGCCGCUUUGCCCCAGCUUAGCGUUAUCUUAUCUCUCACACUUGCAUGGCGGAAAAAAAAAUUGGCUUAUCUUUAUCCCCACCCCCUUCUCGCCUUAAUUGCUAAAAAACACUAGUGUGUUAAACCGGGAGGAAGGAGGUCUCUGGAGUGUCAGUGGAAAAGGAAGAUUCAAAAAUGUGGGCUCCCGGGGGAAGCAAGGGUGGCAGAAUUUAUUCUUUCCCCCAGGCCUUUCUGGUACAACACAGGGUGUAGUCCAGGGUGGAAGGCUGGGUGGUUCUUUUUUUUAAUUAUUAUUUUAAGAACAAAAUCUGGGCUUGGCCUUGGGUCGUGUGGCUUCCCCAGGCCUCGCUUUCUGAACUUCUCCCCUCCUUCAUCUCUCAAAAGCUGCUGGUGGGUCUGGGUUGAGGCCUCUCACUCUGCCUUCAUCCUCCCUCUUCUAGACACAUCCUCCUUUUGGGGAGGGGGGGAUGCAAGGCUAGGACACAUAGCCUGCUGGAAAUCAUUAAAAUAUAUGCGAGUGUCUGCAAACACACACUUUUAAAUCAUGGCAUUUCCCCUCCACGCUGGUCUAUUUAAACUCCAGAGCGAGCUGGAUCUCCUCCCUCUCAGUCGUUUGUCUGUGUCACCGACAGGCCGCUAAUGGCCGGGCUUCCAGGCGCUGUGCAUUAUGCAUUAGCCUCCUCCCUCCGCCGCACACAGAAGGUUCUGUCAGGCCGCACCACACAAACCACCCUGAGCCCCCCCACCCCACCCCCCGCACUCAGGGCCGGGGGCUGCGCGGCUGCUAACGCGCAGGAAACGCAGGUAUGGAGAGGAGGAUGAGCACCGAGAGCAGAGUGGUUCGGAAGGUGGAAUGGGAGCGGGUGAAAUGUGCCGAAGAUUACACCGUUUGGAAUCCCCAGUCCGUUGUGAGCCCCAAAGCUUUGCUCCUGGCUGCGACCUUCUCGAGGCAACCAUCCCGCGCCACUCACCUCUGUGACCGACUUUGUUGGGGGCGGGAGGGCAGAGGUAUUUAGAGACAGAUCAGCACCGCUUUCCCUUCUGCUGGUCCGUACCCACCUUCCUGCUGCAGGCGAGGGGCUGGCAGAGACUUCUCUACCCCUCCAGUUCGGGAGUGGUACCGCGAAGGGGUUCGGGGUGGUGCGUCUUCGCAGGGACCCGGUGGGAGUGGAGGAGGGAAGCUGGAUACAAAAUGGCUGGGGCCGGAGGCCGGCACACUGGGUCCGAAGGCGAGUAGUUGGUGGUUCCCCGCCCCCUCUCCCGGCGGUUCCCACUCACUGCCCCCAGCCGGGUAAAAUAUGCGCAGAAGGCGCCUUGCUAAAUAAGCAGCCGAGGCGGGACGUGGCGUCCGGGUUUAUCUGCAGGAGCACCCGGCCCAGCGCGGCGGCGUCGAGGGCUCUUAAGCCCUUGCCGAGCGCAAGAGGCGGCCAGCCUCCCAGAAGCCUCCUGUAUUAUGCCCAUUUGGUCGACACCCAACCACCCUGCGGGCCCCCGUAGUGUAGAUGCCAGUUCACCCACACGUGCCUGUGUUCGGGGAGCUCAGGGCCUGACCCAAAUCGAGCCCAGACCAGAAAUUCCAAGAUGGUUGCUAGGAACCACGGAGAGGCUGCCCUUAGGGCCUUCCUUCCCCAAACACCCAAUAACCCUCCAAAGGCCAGGAAGAAGAAAGAACAGCCAUGUUCAGCCUGGCGACCCUUAAGUCCAGCAGUCUUCUGCCCUGGGAGGCAGCUACCUUUAGAUGUUUCCAGAUGAGUGAAAUCCUGGGAGGAGGAUGCGCCUCCUGUUGUUACCUCGUUUGAGUUUCACAGGGGAAGCCAGCUGUGCCUUGUGCUUGGAGGAUGGGGCAGCGGAUGUUUUUUUUAAAGUGCCAUUGGAUAAGCCCAGAGUUCUUGUACAAAGUUACCAGAAGACUAUAAGUGUGGGUGUGUUUUUAAAGAAAGGCUACCUCACAUUAUGUAAAAAUACAUUAUCUGUACUCAUCCGAGUCCCACCUGUUCCAGUACCAAGUGUCAUCGCCCUGAGAACAGCCUCCGAGGAGGACCAUCGGAAGCCUACACAUACGUUAUAAGCUUUAUGAUGUGGAUCCUACAUAUACGUUAUAAAUAAAUCUUGCA